AUGGAUCGCUGUUGUGACGCUUGCAGGAAACAUGUUGAGCCAAAAACAUUUUUGCAAUGUAGCUUGUGCAAGUUAAAAUAUCAUCACAUGUACCUGAAUAUAAAGAAUGCACAGUUUGCUAAGCUCUCUAAAGAAUACCUCUCUUCCUGGAUUUGUCCUUCUUGUAACAAUGUGACACGCCGUACUGGCUCGAAUUGUAAUACUCCGGUGAGGUCUACACAAGUUACUACAGAACCAAUGAAUAUGUCGUGUGACAAUUUGAACCUAGAUGCCACAAUUGACAGCAACAGCACGACAUCAGAGCCACUCACACUCGACAGCAUCAGUCGUCUUUUGGAUUCUAAGCUUAAGUCCAGUUUUUUAGAAUUUUCUCAAGUGUUUAGAGCUACUUUAAAGCAAGACAUUGUAGAUAUCGUUCAUAGUGAAAUGAAUCCUGUAAUACAAGAAAUAAAAAACGAUUUCACGAAUACUACAGAUUUCAUUUGUGAGGAACAAAAAUACCUUAAACUCCAUAUAGAAGAAAAAAAUAAGAUCAUUAAGAAUAUGGAGUCUGAAAACAUUCGAUUGCAAGCAUCUUUAAGUAGAAUUGAGGAUGAGCUGGCCAUCAUGGAGAAGAACUCAAGAGCCUGCAACGUUGAAAUACAAGAUGUACCGGAGAGCAAAAAUGAAAAUGUGUUAAUGUUGUUCAAGAAAUUAUGUAGUGUCAUUAACUUUACAGUAGAUGAUUCUUCCAUACGAUUUUGCCAUCGUGUAGCCAAGAUGAAUCAUACUUCCAGGCGGCCUCGUAACAUACUUGUGGGUCUAUCUUCUACUUCUCAACGAGAUGAAAUUUUGUCUGCAUUUUAUUGCUUUAACAAGGCUCAUCGUAAUGAUAGACUAGGAUCAACACAUUUGGACAUCAAUGGAGAACAUCAGAAAAUAUUUGUGAGCGAACAUCUUUCACCAACUUUAAAAAUGUUAUACUCUGAAUCUCGUAAAUUAACUAAAUCUCAUAACUAUAAGUAUGUGUGGGUACGUUUUGGAAAGAUUUUCGCUAGACGUGACGAUGAUAGUCCCGCCAUCUGGAUAAAGAAUCAUGAAAUUUUAAAUAAGCUUCAAAAGCCUUAA